AUGGCAGCAGGAGACGCCUCAUGCGAGUUGCAGAAGCCCCGGAAAGUCGUCAAGAAGCUGCUUGCGAGGCCGCAGCACGAAGGCGUAGGGGCUGUUGUGAGGAGAAGCAUCGGCAGGUGCGUCAUCCUCCUCCUCCUGGUUCUCGAUUUCCUUCUGAGGCCGCGCUAAUGGCGGCGGCGCCGUCUUCCCCUGUUAUUCUAGGUUCGAGCUGAGAUAUUUCGAUCCGUUCCUGGUACUGGAUGAGUUCUCAGGUACGCUGUUGGCAAAUCAGAGCGUCCAUCAAUCGGCCUGUGGUGUUCUCUUCUUAUCGUAUGAUCGCAACUGAUCCCAUUGUUUCCUCUUCCUUCUUUCCAGUGACAGCGCCGGCCGGAUUCCCGGACCAUCCGCACAGAGGUAUGCUAACCGGACCGCCCGAUCUUUGGUCUCCAUAGAUUUGGAGACGAUCCUCUUUUUGUGGCUCCUCUGUUCCCGCCAUCUCAUCUGGAUUUCCAUCUUCCAGGCUUCGAGACCGUCACCUACAUGCUACAGGUGUGCAAGAAGCAGAUCUCCAAUAUUCCACGGAUCAAGAAAAGGGAAGAUUGAGCUGGCUUUCUGACUCUUAAAUCCAUUCUUCCUCUUGUUUCCCAUCAGGGAGAAAUCACGCACGAGGAUUUUGCGGGACACAGAGGCACGAUAAAGGCCGGCGACCUGCAGUGGAUGACCGCCGGGAGGGGAAUUGUUCAUUCUGAGAUGCCGGCAGCGCAGGGCACCCAGAAAGGCCUGCAGCUCUGGGUCAACCUCUCCUCCCAGAACAAAAUGUGCGAACAUCCUGACGACUAAGCAUAAGCUAAAUCCUGACUUUCUUAGGAUUCGCAAUGUCCUGUUCAUACAAUCCUGACGUUAUUCCGGCCGCGCAGGAUGGAACCCAGGUAUCAGGAGAUGCAAAGAGAGGACAUCGCCACCGUCAAGCGCGACGGGGUCGAGGUUAGGGUCAUUGCCGGAGAGUCUAUGGGGAUUAAGUCUCCCAUCAGAACCAAGACCCCCGCUAUGUACCUGGACUUUACCUUGAAGCCAUCGGCACACAUCCGGCAGCCUGUGCCCCCGGGCUGGAACUCCUUCAUCUACGUGCUCGAGGGUGAGGGAGUCUUCGGCAGGGAGAACUCCACGCCGGGGGGGGCCCACAACCUCCUCCUUCUCGGCCACGGGGACGGCCUGGAGGCGUGGAACAAGUCUGCAGAGCCCCUCAGGUUUGUCGUCGUGGCCGGCGAGCCGCUGGGGGAGCCGGUGGCCCAGCUGGGGCCAUUCGUGAUGAACACGGAGGAGGAGAUCGACCGAACCGUGGAGGAUUACCAGCGGUACGUCAACGGGUUCGAGAAGGCGAGGUAUUGGACAUCGAAGGCCAUGGCUACGGAAGACUUUUAG